CUCUGUGUUUCAGAUGUAGGUGGGACACCACUGGGCUCAGUGGAGAGGUGUCUAGGAGACAGCCUGGUCCUGCUGGUCCAGCAGACUGUCGGUAAAGAGACCAUCUGGCUGCUCCCUCAGGCCCAGUGGGAGGCAGGGGAGACUCUCCGACAGACAGCAGAGAGAGGCCUCAGCAGCCUGCCAGAGGCUGAUUUCAAGGCUACGUUCCUUGGCAACACCCCCUGUGGAGUGUACAGGUACACAUUCCCCAAAGAGGUCCGGACAGAGCGCUGCGUGGGAGCCAAGGUCUUCUUUUUCAAAGCUCUCCUGUCCGCUGGUUCAGCCAAUCAGAAAGAACCUUUCCUGUCUGCGGGUUCAGCCAAUCAGAAAGAACCUUUCCUGUCCGCUGGUUCAGCCAAUCAGAAAGAACCUUUCCUGUGGGUGAAGAAGACUGAACUGCAGGAAUACCUGAAGGCACCUUACUUGGAGAAGGUUGACCGCUUCAUACUCAACCUGUGACGGAGCGGAUGAGAGCUGAUGGAGGAGGUUGACCGCUUCAUACUCAACCUGUGACGGAGCGGAUGAGAGCUGAUGGAGGAGGUUGACCGCUUCAUACUCAACCUGUGACGGAGCGGAUGAGAGCUGAUGGAGGAGGUUGACCGCUUCAUACUCAACCUGUGACGGAGCGGAUGAGAGCUGAUGGAGAAGGUUGACCGCUUCAUACUCAACCUGUGACGGAGCGGAUGAGAGCUGAUGGAGGAGGUUGACCGCUUCAUACUCAACCUGUGACGGAGCGGAUGAGAGCUGAUGGAGAAGGUUGACCGCUUCAUACUCAACCUGUGACGGAGCGGAUGAGAGCUGAUGGAGAAGGUUGACCGCUUCAUACUCAACUUGUGACGGAGCGGAUGAGAGCUGAUGGAGAAGAUGUGAUGAGAGGUUACAGAUGUCUUUUUUAGAAAUGUCCUGGAAGUCAUAUUUCUGUCACAGCAACUGUUGUUUUCUCCUGUCCACUUGGUGUAUAAGAUGAUUAAAGUUUCUCAUUUGUUCCAACAUAUAAA